GGUCUCCGUGUGGGUGUGGCUUCGGAGGGCGUGGCCUACAGAGCCCUCCGCCCCCAGACUCUUGUGCUGGUGGGGCGGCCGCGGCGGCCUCAAAGGAAGCGCGCAGGUCCCUGGUGAGCACCGGAACGGACGGAGCGCAGAUCGCGGAGAGCAGGCCCAUGGAGCCCUUCAGCACCAAGAGCCUGGCCCUGCAGGCGCAGAAGAAGGUCCUGAGCAAGGUGCCCUGCCAGGCGGUGGUGGCGGCGCUGGUGGACGACACGAGCAGCGCGGUGCUGGACGAGCUGUUCCGCGCCACCCGGGAGUUCACGCGCAGCCGGCGCGCGGCGCACAGGCUGCUCCGGGACCUGGUGAAGGUGGCCGUGAAGGUGGCCGUGCUGCUGCGCGCGGGGCGGCUGGGCGCCGAGGAGCUGGCGCGGCUGCGGCGCUUCCGGCAGCGGGCGCGGGGCCUGGCCAUGACGGCCGUGAGCUUCCGCCAGGUGGCCUUCACCUUCGACCGCCGCGUGCUGGCCGCCGGGCUGCUCGAGUGCCGCGACCUGCUGCGCCAGGCGGCCGGGCCGCACCUCAGCGCCAAGUCGCACGGCCGCAUCGGCCGCGUCUUCGGCCAGCUGGCGGACGGCGACUUCCUGGCGGCGCUCUACGGCCCGGCCGAGCCCUACCGCUCGCACCUGGAGCGCAUCUGCGACGGCCUGGGCCGCAUGCUGGAGGACGGCACGCUCUGAGCGCGCCGCCCGCGCUCUGGGGGUCCCGGGCGGGGGGGGGGCUGAAAUGGUCAGCACCAGCCCCCCGAAGGCCCACAGCGACCCGGCGGGGUGCUGCGCCCGCCCGGAAGGCGCAGCAGGAGGACCUCGAGGUGGAGCCCGGCCUGCGCACCUGAGCAACGCUCCGUGUCCAACUAAAGCAAAAAGGGGGGCUGGGGGGGUGCAGUGUGAUGCCCCGGCCUCAAUCCCGGGAAUCGGGCAUAAAAGUGAAUCAGUAAAUAAAAGUAAAGUCCGCA